AUGAAGGCGUCGCUGUUGCCGUUGCUAGUCGCCCUGGCCGCUGUCGCGUCCACACUCGCAGACAACCCGGACGACCUGCCGCACUUCGGCACGCAAGACGACAUCUCGCCGCUGCUCCACAACAAGGAGCUCGUGCAGGCGCAGAUCAACUGCGUCCUCCACAACGGGCACUGCGACAAGCUCGGCAUCAAGCUGAAGAAAGCGAUUCCUGAAGUCAUAACCAACAAAUGCCGCAAGUGCUCACCGCGGCAGAAGGCCAACGCGGAGAAGUUGAAGAAUUUUCUGCUGAAGCACUACCCCGGCGUCUGGGAGGCGGUCAUCCGGAAGUACACGAAGAGGGGCACCCACUGA